AUGCGAGAAUCAGCGACAUUCUCGAAACGAUUCCACUUCCUUGGAAGGGUGCUCGGCCGGAACAGAAUUGCGUCACUUGGACGAGAUCUGCCAUUCGCAAGCUUCAGGAGCAUGUUCGACCUCGAUCGGUUCAUGGAAGAGUCGCUCGCCUUUGCAGAUCGACGCUUGCGAAGCACCGAAUCCACACCCGCCUGCACCGACUACACUGGUCGGCGAAUGUAG